GAUUGUUGAUGGGAUUUACAUCUCAGUGAAAGAAAUAUGAUCGUGUUACAGCUUUGCCUUUUUGAAGAUUAAGCUACGUAGCCGCAAUAAGAAAAGGGGUUCUUGCUCUCUUCAGAGGAUUUAUAUGUCUGAGUUUACAGGACUCUAUUGGAGCUAUCGAUGGAACACAUGUGGAUGCUCGUGUUUCGAAUGCUAAGAAAGCAGCUUAUAUAGGAAGAUGUGGGCCAACAACGCAAAAUGUUGUGGCUGUGUGUGACUUCAACAUGUGCUUUACUUUUAUCAUGGCAGGAUGGGAAGGAAGUGCACAUGACAGUCGUAUUUUUAAAUUUGCAACUCAUAAUAGAUGCAAUAACUUUCUCAUGCCACCUCCAGGAAAAUAUUAUGUUGUCGAUGCUGGUUAUCCAAUGCAACGGGGAUUUUUAAAGCAAUUUCCAGAUACCAAAUAUCAUAUACCUGAUUUUGAAAGAGGAAGCCUACGGGGAAGGCAAGAAACUUUUAACAAACGACACUCCUCAUUAAGAGGCGUAAUUGAAAGAUCAUUUGGUGUUAGGAAGAAAAGGUGGGUCAUAUUAAGAGAUAUGCCUGCAUAUUCAUUCAAAAAACAAAUAAAAAUAGUUAUUGCAACAAUGGCAUUGCAUAAUUACAUAAGUCGACAUCCCACUCGAGAAGACCCAAAAUUCAAUAUAUGUGAUGCAGAAAUAACAUAUAUACCAGAAGAGGCAUAUGAGUAUAGAAUUGGACAAUCAUUAGUAGAGACUGAAGAGAAUGGUUUUAGUCAGGAGGCACGAGAUGGUGAAGGUGCGGAGGAGAUGAUCCAUUUACGAGAGAAAAUCACAGAUGCAUUGAUGGAUUAGAUGAAUUAGGAAGUUUCAUUUGUUUGGUAGUAUGUUAAGUUUUAUUUGAUUAAGUUUGUGAAUCUUUUGCUGAUUUUUUGUUUCACUUUAAAAUUAUAAUAGAAAU